GGUUCUCGCCGCUGUGCGGUCUCCAGCGCCGAGCGUCCGUCGCCAUGCCUCGGAAAAUUGAGGAAAUCAAGGACUUUCUGCUCACAGCCCGGCGGAAGGAUGCCAAAUCUGUCAAGAUCAAGAAAAACAAGGAUAAUGUGAAGUUCAAGGUUCGCUGCAGCAGGUACCUUUACACCCUGGUCAUCACAGACAAGGAGAAGGCUGAGAAGCUGAAACAGUCCCUGCCCCCUGGUUUGGCAGUGAAGGAGCUGAAAUGAACCAGACCUCUCUGUUUUGACCAUUAAAACCCCUGAAAAGUCAAAAAAAAA